AUGCGGUCGAGGCCGCGCCUAGAUGCCGGAACCGCCGUGGCCCGUGCACAAACGCGUCCUCCAGACAACCUUUCCAGCGCGUUGAACAUCCCCUGCAACCGACGGCUUGCCAACAAAGCCACGUCGCCCGCCUCAUACGAUCCAUACGAUGCUGCAUCCUGGUCAGUGUCGAUGGCACUAAUUUCUGGAAUGAUUAACGAAUUAGACGAUCCAGCCUCACUCCAUGCCCUCAAAACAUUUCAAGAGCUUGUAAAGCUCUUGCCAUCAACAGAACAAGCCAAGCCUCAAAUACUUCUUCUCGCUGGAGGCAUUUUAACUUACCGGGAUGAUACCGGCACAGAAAUCGUGUUCAGACAGGAAUCUAAUUUCUAUUACUUAUCGGGGUGUCAAGUUCCGGGAUCGUACCUCGUCGUCGCGUACCAGGCGGGAACAUCGUUGGCGGAGACGCCGUCCGUAGAUCUCUUCAUUCCGAAGGCCGAAUUGGCUGAUAUGAUGUGGUCUGUUCCUCCGCCUUCUAUCGAGGACGCUGCCAAGAUACACGACGUUACCAAAGUCGAUCACUCAGCAGCACUUCCUGGCGUGUUGGAAACCUUAGCCAAAGCCUAUCCUGAUGCUUUGUGUCAUACCCUUCCGCGAGGAUCACCUCUCUUCCCAAGCCUUCCGGGCAAGUAUACUGAUAUACUGCUCACCUCCGGAGACAAGACGCUCGCCGUCACCGACGCAUACCUAUUGCCAGCCCUUCAACGUGCUCGCUUAACGAAAACAGAGGCAGAGAUAACUGCUAUCAGGCAGGCCAAUCAGAUCUCUUCUAGGGCACACGAGGUGGUCAUGCGAGUCCUUGGAGCGGCAGUUCGAGGGGCGAUCACCAAGGCCGAAGGUGCAGGUGUUAGCCGACCGCUACUCCCUGGAGAAUGGCUGAUUGAGAAAGAAGCUGAAGCUGAAGCAAUAUUUGUAGCGUCAUGUCGAAGGGAGGGCUCGGUGCACCAAGCCUAUUUGCCUAUCGUUGCGGCAUCGACUCGCGCGUCAACGCUCCAUUACUGCUGCAACGAUCGCGAGUUUGCGUGGGGUCCAGUGAAGCCACAUGACCACCACAAUGGUAAUGACUUGGCGCAUAGCGACAAGCAUUUGGAUCCUCAGGUGCUACUCAUCGAUGCGGGCUGCGAAUGGAACUGUUACGCAUCCGAUAUCACUCGCACCAUGCCCGUUGGAAACGGAGGUAAAUUCACACCGGAAGCCCGGGCGAUCUAUGAACUAGUACUCGAAAUGCAGAAGGAGUCCAUGAAGCUUCUAAAACCAGGUCUCCAUUGGGACGAUGUACAGCUCCUCUGCCAUCGCGUCCUCAUUAAGGGCUUCCAGGCUCUUGGCAUAUUCAAGAGCCCAAGUUCCCCUGGUUCGGGUUCAUGGAACUCAGCUGAAGCCAUUCUAGCUUCUGGUAUCAGUUCAGCAUUCUUCCCUCAUGGUGUUGGGCAUUCAUUGGGGAUGGACGUACACGAUGUCCCCGAAGCCAGCAAGCCAGCUGUCAACCCAACUAUCCAAAUUGAAGAGACCAAAGGCCACGAGAGCUUCUAUUCAUUCCUACGACUUCGAUUGCCUCUCGAAAAGAAUAUGGUUGUGACGGUGGAACCCGGUUGUUACUUCUCACCUCAUCUAAUUGCGCCCGUGCGCGAUUCAAAGCAGAUCAACCUCGACGUGUUGAAGAGGUACGAAGGAGUAGGCGGCGUGAGGAUUGAAGAUGUCGUCCUGAUCACGGAGGAAGGAUAUGAAAAUCUUACCACCGUGCUGAGCGACGUUGCUUGGAUUGAGGGCGUAUGCUCCGGCGAACUCUGA